AUGUCUCACGGCGGCAGUAACAGUGGUGGUGGUGGUGGAGGAGGAGGUGGUGGAUAUGGUGCAUAUAAAGCGUAUGUGACAACUAGAUAUUCUGCAUUAGGUGCUCCUACAUCAUAUGAUUAUCCGGGCCCCAUUUAUGGAAGUUGUUUUUGCUGGGUACUCUACAGAAUCACUUCUUCAAAGAAUCAUGGAUUGCAAACCAAAGAUUGUGAAUCAUCUCAAAAUGGAAUAUCUGUAGAUUCAUGCUUGACCUACGAAAAUGAAUCAUCUAUGAAGAAGGAAGAUACCAAAUGGCAAAAAAGAAGAGAUAUUUGGUGGCAGAUGUUGUUCCUAAAUACUCUGCACUUUCCGAGGCAAUUGGAAUUGACUAUACUGACCUUGAAGAGCUGGAGCUGUAAUGGAGUGUGUCUUUAUUAACAGAAUGUUCAAGUUCUCCUAAUGUCAAUACAAGAAAAACAUUGGCUAAUGCUUUGUCAGUUGGACCAUCGAUGUGGACCCUUGGCAAUGCAAGCAUGGGAGCCUUACAGCAUUUGAUUUCCAGAGCUCUUGGGUGGUACCAACAACUGUAUUGAUAAGGUUUGUUGCAUGCGAUCAAAAAAAGGGCCAAUGGCACCAGAGACCAUGAAGAUGGUCCAUAAUGGUCAAUACAAAUGUUCAAAGAUCAAAUCCCAAAAGAGAAAUUUCUGAAGACCAAUAUGCAAACACGGAACAAGUAACUAGAACUUGGUUCGCCUAAUUUCAUGGGAUUUAACGGGUUUCGGAAUCCAAUUCCAUUUUGGUCCUUCUUUUGGAUGCAGUGCAAGACAUAAAGCAAUGGAGAAUAUGUAUGUGGAAAUGCAAAAUAUGAGACGAAAUUGAAAUUACG